AUUAUUGAAAUGGAUCUAGGGUUUUCUCAAAUUCUUCAUCACCGAAAAAAGCAAACCAUAAGAAAGCCACUUUUUUUUGUAAUUUUUUUGGGGAAAAUUUGAAAUACGAAAUCGGAAAUCAUCAAAGCAAUCAAGCGAAGAAGAAAGAGAUCUGUUAUUAGGGUUUUUUUUUUCAAAUUUUUUGAGAUCAAAUACUCCCCCAAAAGAGCACAGAUCUAUGUGAACAAAUCCGGUCCAAAAAAAUAAGGAGAAACCCUAAAUUUCUCCUUCGGUCCUUCAAUUGAACUUGCAAUCAGCAAAAAAUUGUGGUCAAAUCUAAAGAGAAUCGAAUAGAUCGAAAAACAAUUUUGUAAAAACUUUUUGUUGUUGAUAAAUUUGACGAGAAAUUUUGAGAGGAUCUGAAUCUGGUGAUGAGUAUGUACAAAUCGGUUGUGUGUCGAGGGGAUGAAGUGUUGGGGGAGGUUGAGAUUUAUCCACAACAGCAGCAGCUAAGGGAAGAAGAAGAAGAAUAUGGGGGAAAAAUAACGGUGAUGGAAGAAGAAAUGAAGGAAAUCAGGAUAGGAUAUUUGACGCAAGGCAGUGAGAGAUGUCCACCACUGGCAGUGUUGCAUACCAUUACUAGUACUGGGAUUUGCUUCAAAAUGGAAUCAUCAAAGGACAACAACUACUCAUCUUCAUUUCAAGACACGCCUCCGCUUCAUCUUUUGCACUCCGAAUGUAUCAGAGACAACAAGACUGCAGUAAUGCCUAUGGGAGAUUGUGAGCUCCAUUUGGUUGCAAUGUAUUCUAGGAAUAGCGAUAGGCCCUGUUUCUGGGGAUUCAAUGUUGCAAGGGGACUCUAUGAUUCUUGUCUUGUCAUGUUGAACCUAAGAUGUUUAGGAAUUGUAUUCGAUCUGGAUGAAACUCUAGUUGUUGCAAAUACAAUGCGGUCAUUCGAGGACAGAAUAGAGGCUUUGCAGCGAAAGAUGAACACCGAGGUUGAUACACAACGUGCUGCAGGUAUGAUGGCCGAGAUUAAGCGUUAUCAAGAUGAUAAGGCCAUAUUAAAGCAAUACGCAGAGAAUGAUCAAGUUGUUGAAAAUGGGAAGGUGAUUAAGGUUCAGUCUGAGAUUGUUCAACCCUUGUCUGAUAAUCACCAACCUAUUAUUCGACCUCUCAUUCGAUUACAAGAGAAAAACAUUAUUUUGACACGCAUCAAUCCACAGAUUCGUGAUACUAGUGUUCUUGUGAGACUGAGACCUGCAUGGGAGGAUCUGCGAAGCUACUUGACUGCAAGAGGGCGUAAACGGUUUGAGGUUUAUGUUUGUACAAUGGCUGAAAGAGAUUAUGCUUUGGAAAUGUGGAGACUUCUUGAUCCUGAGUCAAAUUUGAUAAAUUCAAAAGAAUUGUUGGAUCGUAUUGUCUGUGUCAAGUCUGGUUUGAGGAAAUCAUUAUUCAAUGUCUUUCAAGAUGGCAUAUGCCAUCCCAAAAUGGCAUUGGUUAUUGAUGAUCGCUUAAAAGUUUGGGAUGAGAAGGAUCAGCCUCGUGUGCACGUUGUUCCUGCAUUUGCUCCAUAUUUUGCUCCUCAAGCUGAGGCAAAUAAUACUAUUCCAGUUUUGUGCGUUGCGAGAAAUGUUGCCUGCAAUGUUAGAGGUGGUUUUUUCAGAGAAUUUGAUGAAGGCCUUCUGCAAAAAAUUCCUGAAAUUUCAUAUGAAGAUGAUAUUAAAGAUAUUCCUUCGCCUCCUGAUGUGGGCAACUAUUUGGUCUCUGAGGAUGACACUUCUGCUUCAACCGCAAACAAAGAUCCACCUAUAUUUGAUGGCAUGGCAGAUGCUGAGGUUGAAAGAAGACUAAAGGAGGCAAUUUCAGCAGCGUCAACAGUCUCUUCAGCAAGCAUUAACCUAGAUCCAAGGCUGGCUUCUUCUCUUCAGUUCACCAUGCCAUCUUCUAGUUCAGUUCCAUUGUUGGCAGUUCAGUCAUCAAUGGCAUCAUAUCCGAACAUGCAGUUUCCUCAGGCAGCACAAGUGAUUAAACCAGUGGCUCCUGUUGUUUCCCCAGAACCAAGCUUGCAAAGUUCCCCGGCUAGAGAAGAAGGUGAGGUUCCAGAAUCAGAACUGGAUCCUGAUACAAGGAGGAGGCUUCUGAUAUUGCAACAUGGGCAAGAUACCAGAGAUCACACACCACCUGAACCUGCAUUUCCCCCUGCAAGACCCGCAAUGCAAGUUCCAGUUUCACGUGCUCAAUCACGUGGAAGUUGGUUUUCUUCUGAUGAGGAGAUGAGCCCACGGCAACUUAACCGAGCAGUUCCCAAAGAAUUUCCUUUAGAUUCUGAGCAAAUGCAUAUGGAGAAGCAUCGGGGUCCUCCUUUUUUCCCUAAGGUUGAGAGUCCUAUUCCAUCAGAGAGACUUCUUCGUGAAAAUCAAAGAUUACCAAAAGAGGCACUUCAUAGAGAUGAUCGUCUGGGGUUAAACCAUACACCGUCUAGUUAUCAUUCUUUUCCAGGUGAGGAGAUGCCCCUUGGUCGAUCAUCUUCUAGUCAUAAGGAUCUUGACUUUGAAUCUGGACGAACUAUUCCAAGUGGAGAAACUCCAGCCGGAGUUUUACAAGAUAUUGCCAUGAAGUGCGGAGCCAAGGUGGAAUUCAGACCAGCUUUGGUUGCUAGCAUGGACCUGCAAUUCUCCAUUGAGGCUUGGUUUGCUGGGGAGAAAGUUGGUGAAGGUACUGGGAGAACAAGAAGAGAAGCACAACGUCAGGCUGCAGAGGAUUCUAUAAAAAGCUUAGCUAAUACAUAUUUGUCACGAAUUAAGCCUGAUACUGGGUCUACACAAGGGGAUUUAAGUAGGUCGGCCAACACAAAUGAGAAUGGCUUUCCUGGUAAUUUGAAUUUGUAUGGGAACCAGCAAUCCCCUAAAGAGGAAUCUAUGCCAUUUUCAAAUGCACCAGAACCGUCUAGGCUUCUUGAUCCAAGGCUAGAAGGCUCCAGGAGAUCUAUGGGUUCAGUCACUGCACUUAAAGAACUAUGCAUGAUGGAGGGCCUUGGGGUAGUUUUUCAAGCACAGCCUCCUGCAUCUAAUACAUUGCAGAAAGAUGAAGUAUACGCAGAGGUUGAAGUAGAUGGGCAGGUUUUAGGAAAAGGGACUGGUUUCACAUGGGAAGAGGCUAAGAUGCAGGCUGCUGAAAAGGCCCUCGGAAGUCUAAGAUCAAUGCUCGGUCAAUUUACUCAGAAACGUCAAGGUUCUCCAAGGUCAUUGCAAGAUAUGCCAAGUAAACGCCUAAAGCCUGAGUUUCCACGUGUUCUACACCGGAUGCCCUCUUCUGGUAGAUAUCACAAGAAUGCUCCUCCGGUUCCUUGAAGACACCUCGAUAUGGUAGAUUUUUCCUCAUUUUAUAGUGUAGCAAUUCUUGUGACAUCUGUACAGUACGCAAUAUGGACUACAAGUGUACAACGGGUGAAGGCCAUCAAGACCUGCAACCCACGUUGACUGUUAAAAACUUCGAGUGUUUCUUGCAUAUGACAUGUCUGAAGCCCAAAAGAUGAGAUGUUUUUAUCAGGGUAACCGAGGAUUUUUAUUCAACAUGCUAUCCUUUCAUGGGGAUAGACAUUCAUUCGGUUUCAAACAAGGUGGCAAAAGGGAGAACGCCAAAUUCACGGUGGAACUCGGUUAAUUCGGGACUUGAGCGCUUAAGCAAAAGGAAGACAAGGUUGAGCUUGUUGCUAUGUAAGAUUCAACAACAGUCAACAUCGUUUACUAACUAUAGCCAAUGUUUCCCUGUUUUUUUAACCAUAGAGUCCAGAGCUGUGGCCUAACUGGGUUUGAUUGCUACAUAUAAAUUGUCAAUCCGUGAGAAAAUUAUUACUCUUCGAAACCGUAGUCAUGAAAUUGGUGAAAUUUGCUUUUAGUACACAGCUGCUGAUGUAUUUACAAUUUUGAUCAUUCACGAGUUUGCCUUUUCUAUCA